CAAUUGAAGCUAUGCGAGUAUAAUUGGUAAAAUGAACCAUUUUGCGAACUUUUUUUCGGAGGAUAAAAAAAGAGAAGGAAUUCAGACAAAAAGAUCGGAUUCUGUGAAAAGCAGUUCGUGACACGCAACAUACCGCCACGCAGCACGCCCAUGCUUUAUUCGUGGGCAUCAGCCGCCUUCUUGGUUUGCGCUACACUGGUUGCAAAUGCCCGCGCUGGAAACUACCUGUUACAGUUGAACUGUAGCACAACAGACAGCAUAUGUGAUUCUUUGGUAAGCCGAAUCGCUUUACAACUUCAAUCGUCGCUCGUAAACAUAACCAACACAAUAAACUCAACAGAAGUACCAAGAGACGUUUUGAUUAACGAUUUCAACGAAUGUUCUCAAAACAAAGCAGUGUGCUCAGUAAAUGCGAGAUGUAUCAAUUUAUUUCGGACAUACACAUGUCAGUGCUUACCUGGCUUCGUUGACCACAACCCAGCAGAACCGGGCACAAAUUGCACAGACGUUAACGAAUGCGCCGAUGUAACUUUGAACAAGUGUUCCAGUAACGGGACAUGCACUAACAUAGCGGGUGGAUACACCUGUCAAUGCGGUAAUGGAUUUGUUGAUGGAAAUUUACAGAACCCGGGAACCGUUUGCCAAGAUGUUGACGAAUGCCAGAAACGAAUUUCCCGUCUUUGUUUAAUGUUCUCAAAUUCCGUAUGUCAGAACACAAUCGGAGGUUUUGAGUGCGUUUGCAAACCAGGUUUUGUGGACAAUAACCCGAGUCCGAUUGUAGCUCAAUGCGUUGCCGUGUCGACAGCUCAAUCAACGUCUAGUUUCGCAACAACGGAUGAAAACACGACUUCACUCGUCACCACACCAAGUCCAAGUACUUCUGCACCAACAACGACUACUGGGUCGAAUGCAUCAACAAAUCAAGUUGCGAUUACCAGUCCUCUUUCAGAAGCAUCCACCACCAAAGUCGUUACAAGCGCAGUUUCCAGUUCAACUAGCAUCACUAGCGAUGGCUUUACUCAAAGCACUGCGGCUUCAACCAUCGCCCAUUCAAGUCCUUCCAGCAGUGCGGUACCUACCACCAGUAAUGUUUCAAGUGCUGCUUCAGUUUUGCGGUCUACCAGCGAGACAACUCAAGAGUCAAGUACAACAACAUUAGCGACUGCUACUACAACUUUAACUUCAACUGCUCCUGCGACGAGUGCUGAAUCCACGUCAGUGCAAUCAGAAAUACUUUCAACUGCCGAUAUGUCAUCAUUUACCCCAACAUCUUCAGUGAGUUUGACAACAACGAGUGAACAAACUUCCACAGAUGCCACGACAAUGGUAGAAGUCACAACCAGUAUAUCGCCAACCACGAGUCCAGCACCGUCUAAUCCUGCCACUACAACCUCAUCCACACAGCUACCAUCAUCGACUAUCUCCUCAGUCACAUCGACAACCACUGAGAUUUCUACACCGGAUGUGAGUUCAGCGCCAGAGGUAACGUAUUCAUCGAACGAAACUAGAAACGAUACCCAGUUUACGACUAAUCGAAAUGUUGGUCUAACCAGUAGUGCUGAGCAGUUAGCAAGCACAAUUGUCAACUCGACUUAUGAUUAUGCAACCUUACCAAUUAAUACGAACGAAUUAUCGACUCUUCAAAAUACCUUUACUAAUACGUCUUACCGUGUAAUGUUUACUUCGACCUUUAUUAAUCAAACUACCUCAAAUAACAUUUCCGCUGCAUCUGCAACGAACUCCGUACAAAGUGUUACGUCAUCGCCAGUAACAGAGACGUCCACGAGAUUGGUUUCUGCGACAACAGGAAGUAAAUCGAUCUUCGCUACUGACUCAACAUCUGCGUCAAUUACACUCGCUUUGGGUGAACGAACUUCACUCGUCCCCUCGCAAAUACCGGAUACAAUCUCGACUAGAACUUCAACUACGCAUAUUACCAUGGUCGGCCUGUCAAGCCUGCCGGUUGAAUCAAUAACGUCUAACCCGAAAACCGCAUCGACGGCUGUUGGUACCACAGCGAACGAACAUUCCAUGAUCCCCAAAUCUACUCCUAGCUUAACCGUGGCAGCACAUGACCCAAUAAUAAGCAGUAUUAUCACCAAACCUCAGAUCCAGCAAUCAAUUACAGGAACAAUGAAUAGCUUCACCACAGCUCAAGUGGUUACCUCAACCACAGCCCUACCAACCAGUUUUACGUCAAGGGCUCCUACAAAUUCGACGCAAACAGUCCCAACAACAGCUACUAUAAUACCUUCCUUAGCCAAUAAUACACUGUUAACAAGCAGAGCACCUACAUCUUAUUCAUCAGGCAGUGGUAAUCAUGUGACAUCGGCGGAACCACGAACCAGCCGAACGGUGACAAACGGAAUUUCUAAUAAAACAGAAGAACCCAUGACAAUAAGAACCUUCAGCGCACCUACGUUAAAAACUUCGACGGAAGAAAAGAGCUUUACGAGCCAGCCUACUGUCACAAGCAAUACACAUUUCCCGUCAACCUUAUUUUCCCGAACUCGCGAAGCAACUACAGCAACUUCUAUUGUAAUUGACACCUCCGAUACUAUAAGAGACUCGACUGCUGGAACAAAUACCCAAACCACUGCAAAAAAUAUGCCAACAGAAACCGCUACUGCAAUUAACACAUCGGGCACAACAAGAAGGUCGAACCCUGAGACAGAUCCCAAAACCACAGUGAACAGUUUUUUAGCCUCUUCAGCCACCCGAAACAACACAAAUACAACAAUUAUCCCGAUUACGACACAAACGACAAAUGGUGUACCAAAUGCGCAGCCUACAAAAUCACUAUCAACCAUUUUAGCAAGCGAUGUUGCAACCACAACGACUGGUACUGUGAUGUCAUACGCAUCAACAAAGACAAUUGUUUUAACUAGUUCGCCAUCAACCACAAGUGCAAUGGUAUCAAGUGCACCUGCUGCAACUACUGGGGCUGUAAAUCAUAACAUCUCGUUUACUGCACCCACCAAAUUGAAUCAAACGACCCACGGACAGACCAUAACAUUAUUAAAUAACACGGUACCUUCUUUUGAUGUUGGUUCAGUGACUGGGACUACCACAGAUGCUAGUACGGUUACAACAUCAAAUGCAACCCAGCAUGUAAGCACGACAUUCUCCAGUUCAAUUGCAACAGUUGCAAACGCAACAAAUAAUCGGCAAUCGACGGAAUAUCUUGACCCAACAACACAGUCGGUUCAGUCGAGUGUAUCUUCUAUAAAAACAACAUUCGGGCCCGAGUUAGUUUCGUCUAAAACAACAGAACUAUCAAGGUCCACAGAAAGCCACAUUAUCUCGACCGUGAAUCCAGGAACUUCAAAUCCUGACGUUGAUACAACACCUGGCGUUUUGUCUACAAACCCUUUACUGUCUAUUAGUACGACUUCCCAACCAGCAAUCCCCGGAAUAAAUGUUCCGUUAACACAAGAUAACAUUGCUGAUGUUGCCAACAUUUUCACGCAGCAAGUGCUAACAAUUAGACCAGAUGCCGAUAUGAUAAGUCCAGAGGAAGGCACAGCAUUGGUUCAGUCCCUGAUCACUUUGGUCAAUCCCGGUGAGAAUAUAACUGUAGACCAACAGGUUGCUGAAGCUGUGCUGGCAGUUGUGGACCUGAUCGGCUCAUCAACUACUCAAUUUACCGAUGCAACCUCAAAUAACAUCACGCUGUUGGUUGACGACCUCUUAAACAAGAUGGUUUUAAACAAUGGAUCGUUUCAGAGCAAUCUUGGAAGCUUGAGUGUUGGUGCGAGAGAUGAAGACGGCACAGUGCGAUUAGAUUUACCACCUUUUUCGAUCAGCGGCGGGUUCAAUACUGCUGCGACGAACGUGGCACAAAUCAAGCUGCCUACAAAUAUUCUUUCCGGAUCAACGCAACAGGAAAGAUUGUCAUUCACUGGUUACAUGGACGCCCGGUUGUUCCGCACGGCAGGAACAGACUCCGUAAUAAGAGGUUCAUUUACGAGGUCUGUUAAAUCUACCGUAAUAAAUAGCGCUGUCCUUGGUUCUUCAGUUGCUGGCAGAACGAUUCAAAAUCUUCCAAACCCGGUCGAAGUAUCACUCCCUCUCACCCUACUGUCUGUUCCCACGGAACCGCAGACGAAUUCAACCACAGUAAUGACUAGUUUCUACAACCCUCGGUGUGUUUUCUUCGACUACCAGUUGAACGCUGGUAAAGGAGGCUGGUCACAAGAAGGCUGUGUAACGUCACAAUCAUCUUCCGGAGCGGUCACGUGUCAGUGCAAUCAUUUGACAAGUUUCGCUGUGAUUAUGAGUGUCGAAACUACCGUUGAUGAUCACAUACUGAACAUUAUGACGUAUGUUGGUUGCGCCUUAUCCAUACUCGGGCUUACUUUGACAAUCAUAACUUACACAAUUUUCAAACACCUGCGGAAAUACAAAUCCAAAAGAAUUUUGACUCAUUUUUGUCUCGCUUUAUGUGGAGUGUACAUCUCAUUUCUUGCCGGAAUUGCAGCUAAAUCUCCAACCAACGAAGUUCAGUGUAUAACGUCUGGUUUCUUUAUGCACUUCUUCACCGCUGCUACUUUUGCGUGGAUGAUGGUUGAAGUGGUAGACAUGUACCUCAUGUUCGUCAAAGUGUGGAGCAGCGUCCGACAUUACGUGCGCAAAGCCUCCGUGUUUGGAUGGGGUUUUCCAUUGGUGCUGUCGAUCGCUACACUGGGUGCACACUUCGGGCUUGUAGAGACUUACCCGAACUCCGAGUGGCAUAGGAUGUACCCGAUGUACAGGGAAACUGUGGUGUGCUGGUUAUCCCCAUUAGCCGUGUACUAUGCUUUCCUGGCUCCGCUUGGUUUGAUCUUACUUGUCAACACAUUUCUUUUCGUUAUUGUUCUUUACCACGUAACCUGCAAACGAACAGGAAGAAAAUUGACUCGAGUAAGAAGCAACGCAAAACGAGUCAAAGGUCGACAACACGUCUUGAAUGCAAUGGCGAUUCUAUUACUAACAGGUCCUACAUGGUUGAUCGGUUUCUUGAUAAACGUUGAUCCGAUUGAGGACGGAGCUUUGAGAAGAAUAUUAGCUUAUGUGUUUGUUAUUCUAAAUGCAUUCCAGGGGCUUUGGAUAUUUAUAGUUUUUACUGUGCGGCCUCGUGUUGUGAGAUCGUCGUGGGUCGGCCUACUAUUCAAACAUGCUGGUCUUGACCAGAGCAGAAGCCAGACACACAGUUCUGGCAGACGAGGCACACGAAACAUUGGUAGUGUGGUCACUACGCGAACAAACACGAGAAGAAAGUCCUCACUCGAUGUACGAAGGGACAGCACAGCACCUUUUCCUCCUGUGUCUCCCGAAAGCAACCGUUCGACCGACACGAAGUCGCCACUAUCUACAAAGUCUUCAUCAUCGUCAAAUCCCUCUAUUAGCAGCGGCCAAAAGUCCCCGGUGCAGUACAGAUACACAAAGGACAUUGAUGUGAAACUUUUAAAGGUGACUUCACUUGAGACGAACGACAUCUCAAUCAACAAUCAUAAUAUUGCAAUCGACACCACUAUUUCCACCCCUACAAACAAUGGCAGCAUGUAUUCGUCGUGCGAGUCCAACGGUCAUUCAGCGAACAGUAUAACCAGCGAUGUGAGAACUUUUAUGUAAAACGCCUUGUUGCCAGCAACGCUUCAUCAAACACUUACUAUAAAUCAUCAUGCUUCAGUUAUUUUUAUUGCUUUUAGUAGCUUGCACCACAAUAGCAAUGGGAAAUUUAAUGUAACACUCAACUUUAAGCACCUAUAUGCAACGUUCUUCACUUUUAUCCGUAUUAUGCGUGAGAUUGAAGCAUAGAUUAAUUAGUAGUUACCGUGUAUGAUAUAUAUAGUAAGGCGGGGGAAGAUAAGACACCGUUUCAUUCUAUUUUUUCGUCUAUUUGGAAGUUAACAAAGAACGUUCAAAGAAUUAUAAAACCGUAUCCUCAUGACUCCCACAGACCCCUGGUCACUGUUUUUUUCACGAUCAGGAUAUUUAGAUACCAUGUGCUAAAGAUGUCCCAUCUCCCCCACCUACUAUACAAUCACCACGUGUCUAUUUUAAAUAUUCGAAAUUCGUAAUAUUUAAAGAUUUGCCUUCGUAAUUUACAGCCGAUUGUAAAUAAUAUUCGUUUUCAGUUA